GUGGGGGCAGGAGGGGAGCAUGUGAGCGGUGCGUUGGCACGGGUACGGCAAAGGUCGAGCCUGUCGGCUGCGAUGGCGGCAAACGGCGGUGAGGCUGCUGCUGCUGGCGGCGAUGGUCCAACAGCGGCUGCAGCAGGCGGCGGCGGCCCGGGUGGCAUCGCUCGCCGCAGCGGUGAGUUCGCCUUGACCGCCGCCCGCGCCCUGGGCUUCCUCUCCCGCCCCUCCCGCAGCAACCAGCAGCUGCCGAUCAUGGCGUCGCCGCUACCCAGCUCCCGGGCGCCCUCGCUGCCGCCGGCCGCCAUCGCCGACGACGGCUCCAUCACCGCCGCCGCCAGCAGUGGUGGCGGCGGCGCCGCCACUGGCGGAGCGGCCUCCGCUGUGAGCCUGCUUGGCGGCGCCGGUGCCGGCGGGCAGUCCAUGGCGCACUCCCCCGCCAGCCCACGUCUGUUCGGCGGGCUGUUGCGCUCCAUGCGGGCUCAGAGCUUCACAGCCGCGGCGGGACUGUUCACGCGCAUGACCGGCGGAAGCGGCGUCAGCGUCGGCGGCGGAAGCGUGCGCGGCGGCCGGCAUCAGCCGGUGCGCGGCCGCUCCGCCAGCCUCGUCGAAGACUCCACAGGCAGUGGCGGCACCACGGCCGCCGUCAACGUUACCCUCGCAUCAAACAUCCAGCGGGGCGUCCCGCCCGCCGCCGACGCCGCCGGCGGCAGCGCAACCAGCGGCGCCGCGUCGCCCUUCAGCACCCCCGCCGUCGUCGCCGCCAACACGAACGUCGCCGGCGCUGGCGGCGGCGGCGGCGGCAGCGCUGCGGCCUCCAGCGGCGGCGGCAGCGGCCGCUCACCCAGCUUCCUCCGCAGCCUCCGCAUGUCACGAGGAGCCUCGCCACUUGCCGCCUCGCAGCCCUUCCCCUUCGCCUCGGCUCGCAGGCUGCUGCCCACCAGCUGGAACCUGGGAGGUGGCGGAGGCAGCCUGCCCUCCGCUAGCGCCAGCGGCGGCGGCGGCGGCGGCCUGGGUAUGGGCCUGCUGGGCGGCGCAUCGCCCGGCUCGCGACUCGCCAGCGGCGCCGGCAGCACGGAUCUCUCGUCGCUGGCGGCCAUGGUGGCGACGUCGCUGCCCGCCAGUCGUACGACACAGAGCCAGAUCAGCAACCCGGCGUUGGCGACGAUAGAUCAUGCCGACAUGUUGUCAGGCACCGCCAGCGGCUUCGGAGCGGGUGCAACAGCGGUGGCGGGGACGUUGUCUGCGAGCAUGGGUACCGGCGGGGUGGCUGUCGCCGCCGCCGUCGCAGCAGCAAGCAACGGCAAUAGCGGCGGCGGAGGCGGGAAUGUUGGGAUUGCGGUCGCCGCCAGCGCUGGCGCUGGCGGGGUUGCCGGCGGCGCCGGUGUUUCCUCCGGUGAGGGUCCUGGCUGGAUACCUGGGGAGAUGUUGGCUGACGUGUUGCAUGGGGUGCAGGAGGAGGAGGAGCUCCGAGUGAGCGGGCGGCAGUCCACGGCAGCGGCGGCGAUGGCGGCGGCUGGCAGCAUGGCGUGAAGGGCAGUAUCGUGUGCCUGCACACUGGUGUGAGGUUGGUUAUGUUUGGAAACAACCUUUGGGGCGGUACGGCAGUUGGGCGGCGCUGGAUAAGCUCGCCUGUACGUACUGUUAGCUCGCUUGCGUACGAGGACUGGCGUUGGGUGCUCGGCAUCGGCCGUUUUGUGUUGCAACAUGGACGAUGGAUUCGGAUGUGAGCUGCUGUGUAUGGGGUACGACGUUUGGACUUCUCUCGGAAAGCAUAUGGGACGGGCAUGGAGCUGCAUCACACGGACGACGUAGGUGGUGUUGAGGCUUGGAGAGGUGGUGAUACUUUGCUGCGAUCUACACUUGUGCUGGUCUUUUUGGUGCCUGCACGCGCGCGCGUGUGGAUGCGUGUGUGCUAUAACAUGGUAGAGAGUGCGAGAGAGAGAGAGAGAGGGACAGGACACACGCGCGAGUGAUCAGAGACUGGCCUUUAGCAGGCUUUACGGCGUUCGUCUUAGCUUCGGGCUUUUGGUUGAAUGUCUGUUUGUUGGUGAGGAUUGUCGCCCAGUGGAUUGCGCAAAGGGUGUCUUGGAUACACGGUGGGUGGCGUUUGUUUGGUUCAGGUCCCCAAGAAGGUGUUGCGUGAUUGCCUUAGACGCGAUAUAUCAGGGCUGAUCUGUCGUAUGCGGACGAAAGCGGAUGAGCAAAAAAAACGGUGAUCAAGCUCGGGAUUGGCAGGGUACCGGGUAUAAUGGACGGAGGUGUACUACAAACGGAUGCCCGUGGAUAAAGGUGUGAGGGCGUGUCGCACUAACUCGAUAGUUGCUUUUAGAGAAAUAUUGCAUUUCCCUACUUUCUCCCACGGCUUGUAACUCCUUGCGGUUGACAUGGAGCUAGCUGUUGUGUUGUGACGUAUGAGCUUCGUUUAUCCUCUAUCUUGUCUUCACUCCUGUAAUAUAGAGCAAUUACCGGCUACUGAGAGGGCUCCGACAUUUUAGACUAGCACAACAUGCAUUCGCCGAGCGCUGUAAUUACCGGAGCUGCGUCAGGCAUCGGAAAGGAGAUUGCAAAGCAGCUAGCAGCUCGCGGAUAUCGGCUGACGCUGCUGGACCUGGAUGAAGCGACGCUUCUUGCAACGGCCCGAGAGCUCUCAGGCAGCAGUCAUGAAGCCGGGCCUGGCUCCUCCUCCUCCAUUCGUACGGCGGUCCUGGACGUCACCGACGCCACCGCCCAACAGGCCGCAUUCCGAGCGCACGUGGAGGCGUACGGCAACCUGCAGGCUGUGGUGUUGAACGCGGGUAUCGGCGAGCGCGGUUCCUUCUUCGAACCGCGCAACAGCGGCUGGCAGGCCACCCUGGAUGUGGACCUCACCGCGGUGCUGCAGGGGGUCAGGAUCGCGGCGCAGCUGAUGCCGGGCGGCGGAACAAUCCUGGCGGUGGCCUCCGCGGGAGCCAUCUUCCCCAUGCCAGUCGCCCCCGUCUACGCAGCUGCCAAGGCGGGCCUGGCGCACUUUGUCCGCUCCGCCGCCCCCUCCCUGGCGCGCCGCUCCCCCCCGCUGAGGCUGGCGGCGCUGUGCCCCGAGUUCGUGCAGACGCCCCUGGUGACGCGGAUGGUGGAGCAGGACCCCUCCACCGCCGUACAGCUGCUAGGUCGACUGGAUCUGCCGCUGCUGUCGCCGGGGCGGGUGGCGGAGGUGGCGGUGGAGGUGCUGCAGCAGGGGGAGGGGGCGGGCGAGAGCUAUCCGGCUGGGUCGGUGGUGCUGGUACGGCAGGACGGCCGCAUUGCGCUGCCCUUCGCCCGGCAGCGGGGGGAAGCGGGAGGAGGAGGCAAGGGUGGUGGCGGGGGAGGUGGGAGUGCUGGGCGACAGCAGCAGCAGCAAGGCGCUCCGCUCCCGCCUCCUUCCUCCUCUCCCGCCGCUGCAUCUGCUGCUGCUGCUGCCGUCCCCGCCCCUGCUGCCCCUGCUGCAGCUCCUUCAGAGGCCGAGCGGCGAGCUCUGGCUGCCUGGGCAACAUCCCGCCUGCCCCAGCAAUACCGCAAGGUCCAGGUGUUCUCUCUGACCCCGGACUUCCGCUCCGCCGCCCGACUGGUGGCCUGCCCGCUGGCGCCGCUGCUGCCGCCGCCGCCGGGCAGCCUGCUGGUGCGGCGCGUGUGGGCGGGGGUGAACGCGUCGGACGUCAACUACAGCUCGGGAAGGUACCACGCCAGUCGCUCGCAGGCCCAGUCACAGCUGCCGCUGGAUGCGGGGUUCGAGUCGGUG